AUGCAGUGGCUGACGUACGCCCCUGUCGCCACCAAAGCGGCUUCCUACUAUGACGUAUCGGAGUCGGCAAUCAACUGGAUCAGCACGGCCUUCUUCCUGGCCUUUGUAGCCAUGUCCCCGCUGACCAUUCUAGUGCUGCACCGCAGCGUGAGGCUGUCGUUCAUCUGUGCCGGCGUCCUCAUCCUCGUGGGGAACUGGGUACGCUACGCCGGGUCCGCCAGCCGCUCGGGGGGACACUACGCCUACGCCAUGGCGGGGGAGGUGCUCGUCGGCUUCGCCCAGCCCUUCAUCCUGGCCGCGCCCGCGCGCUACUCGGACCUGUGGUUCUCCAACCGCGGUCGCGUGGCUGCCACGGCCGUCAUGAGCCUGGCUAACCCGUUCGGAGGAGCGCUGGGCCAGCUCAUCAAUCCGUCUUGGGUGUCUGAGCCUGCCGACGUCUCCAACAUGUCCAGCGUGUGCGCCGCUCCGGCCAUCCUCGUGCCCGGCAGACCGCCCACCCCCGUUGGCCCAUCGUCCGAGACGGUCAAGCUCAGCCUGCGCGAGUCCGGUUCGGCCCUCACGCGCUCGCCGGAGCUGUGGCUCGUCCUGGUGCCCUUCGCCAUCUACGUCGGCUUCUUUAACUCUCUCUCGUCGCUGCUGAACCAGAUGCUCGUCCCGUACGGCUUCAGCGACGACGAGGCAGGCAUCGCGGGAGCGGUCCUCAUCGUCGUCGGCCUCGUCUCAGCCGCCGUCACGUCGCCCGUCAUCGACCGCACAAAGUCUUUUCUCCUGGCCAUCCGCGCCCUCGUGCCCCUCGUCGCGGCCUCCUACCUCGCCUUCCUGUGGAUGCCGGCCACCCGUGCCCUCGCCGGCCCUUACGUUGUCCUCGCCAUCCUCGGCGCCUCGUGCUUUUCCCUCGUCCCCGUCGUCCUCGAGUACCUCGUCGAGCUGUCGCACCCGCUAAGCCCAGAAGUCACGUCCAUCGCCGCCUGGGCGGGCGGUCAGCUACUCGGCGCAGUCUUCGUCAUCGUCAGCGACGCGCUGGUCGCCGGGCCCAACGCCCACCCACCCCGGAAUAUGCACAGGGCUCUCGUCUUCCAGGCUAUCCUGGGGAUGCUGGCUGCGGUGCCGCCCCUGUGUCUGGGUCUGUUUGGCAGGAAGCACAAGCUUCAUCAGAGGCGGCUGGCGUCUGACCAACAACGUUCGAACCGGGGGGUGUAG